AUCCUCAACCAAAUCAAAAUGAUCCUCACAGCCCUCGGCCUCAGCGCCACCCCCACCGCAGUCCCCAACUACGCGCCCUACGCCCUAAUCUUCAACUUCGUCUGGGCCUACGGGCUUCUCUCCUCCCGCACGCUCAAACAAUACUACGGCAUCGACCACAACGUAUCUCCGCGCCAGGACCUAACAAAAUACGGCGCGGCGGCAGUCUCAUCCGGAAAGAUCACGCAGCGACAACUAGACCGACUACACCGGAACGAGGCGGCGCAUGCCAACGCCGUGGAGAACUAUACGCUGCUCGUCGGGGUCGUGAGCAUGGCGAGCUGGGCGGGUGUCGAUAACGUCGUGAUCAAUCGCAGCGUCGCGGUCUAUACGCUGGCGAGGCUGGCGCAUGCGGCGGUGUAUAUCGGGAUUGAGCGGCCGGGGUGGAGUCAGUUGAGGGGGAUCUGCUGGUGGGUUGGGAAUUUGAGCUGCUUGUCGUUGCUGUGGAGGAGCUUUCCGCAGUUGUAGUCAAGAAACAAAGGCACUAUAAUUUAUAAUCUAAGUGAAGUCGGUCGAUAAAAGUAUU